AUGACCACGCAGAUAAGAUCACCAGAGGGCUUGCCGUAUCCGAUCCAGAUCGAUAAACUCGUCCCAAGCGUAGGUUCGUAUCUUCAUGAAGGUGAUAGGUUGAUCGUUUAUAAAUUCUGGUACUUGGUGGAAAGAGCCUCAGACACCACCGGUGAUGAUGAUAAUGAGCACGAUGCCACCCCUGGCGGCGGAGCCGGCAGUGGAAGUGUCUCUCCGCCAACGAAACAACUACGUGAAUCCAUAGAGUUUUUCGAAAGUCCUUAUGAGGGUGAUUUAAUUAGUUGGAAUGUAGAUGUAGGAGACGAAAUAGCUACUGCUAAUCAAGUCAUCUGCGAAAUAAAAAGACCGUGCAAUCAUGAUAUCGUCUAUGGAGGACUGUGCACUCAGUGUGGGAAAGAAGUUUCCGCAGAUGCUUUCGAUGGUGUGCCAUUAGAUGUUGUUGGAGAUAUGGACCUACAAAUUAGCGAAACGGAGGCUAUAAGGUCGGGGGAGGCUUUAAAGGAGCAUUUGCGACGGGAUAAGAAAUUGAUCUUAGUCGUGGAUUUAGACCAGACCAUCAUCCAUUGUGGUGUAGACCCCACUAUUGCAGAAUGGAAAAAUGACCCUAACAAUCCUAAUUUUGAGACGUUAAGAGACGUCAAAAGCUUCACUUUGGACGAGGAACUGGUACUCCCACUUAUGUAUAUGAACGAAGAUGGUUCCGUACUGAAGCCGCCUCCAGUGAGGAAAUGUUGGUACUACGUGAAGGUAAGACCUGGCUUGAAAGAAUUCUUCGAUAAAGUGGCCCCUCUUUUUGAAAUGCAUAUCUACACAAUGGCCACAAGGGCUUAUGCCAUACAGAUUGCCAAAAUUGUGGACCCCACGGGUGAAUUGUUUGGUGAUAGAAUUCUAUCGCGUGAUGAAAAUGGAUCUCUUACGACAAAAUCAUUAGCUAAACUUUUUCCCACCGAUCAGUCGAUGGUUGUGGUUAUUGACGAUAGAGGUGAUGUUUGGAAUUGGUGUCCGAAUUUGAUCAAAGUUGUUCCUUAUAAUUUUUUUGUAGGUGUAGGCGAUAUUAAUUCUAAUUUCUUACCCAAACAAUCUACUGGAAUGCUUCAGUUAGGAAGGAAGACAAGGCAGAAGAGCCAGGAAUCCCAGGAAUUGCUGACUGAUAUUAUGGAUAACGAAAAAAAACUACAAGAGAAGAUUGACAAAGAAGUUAAGCGCCAAGAAGAAAAGUUGAACCAUCAAUUAGCUACUGCAGAGGAACCUUCCGCAAACGAAUCCAAAGAAGAAUUAACCAAAAAAUUGGAAUACUCAGCAUCCCUAGAGGUCCAGCAACAAAACCGACCCUUGGCCAAACUACAAAAACACCUGCAUGACCAGAAACUACUAGUCGAUGACGAUGACGAACUAUACUACUUAAUGGGCACACUAUCAAACAUCCAUAAUACCUACUAUCAAAUGAUCUCGCAAUCAAAUGAACCAGAGCCAAACCUAAUGGAAAUUAUACCAAGUUUAAAGCAAAAAGUCUUUCAAAACUGCCAUUUCGUCUUUUCGGGUUUAAUACCCCUAGGCACCGAUAUUCAAAGGUCGGAUAUUGUGAUAUGGACGAGUACAUUUGGUGCCACUUCUACCUCCGAUAUAGAUUAUCUCACGACGCAUUUAAUCACUAAGAAUCCCAGCACUUACAAAGCACGUCUAGCGAAAAAAUUCAACCCAGAAAUUAAAAUUAUCCAUCCAGAUUGGAUAUUCGAAUGCUUGGUAAAUUGGAAAAAAGUAGAUGAAAAACCUUACACUUUAAUCGUGGAUAGCCCCAUUUCUGAUGAGGAGUUACAAAACUUUCAAAAACAGCUACAAAAGAGGCAGGAGUAUCUGGAAGAAAAUCAACAACAACAGCAUAUGUUGACGCCACAGGAAAAUCUAAACCUAUUCGCUGCCGGUACAUCGUGGCUGAACAAUGACGACGAUGAAGAUAUCCCGGACACGGCUAGCGAUGAGGAUGAGGAUGAUGACCACAACGAUGAAAGUAACAAUGAAAACAAUCCAACAGGCAUUGACAGAAAGAGGAGCAUCGAAGACAAUCAUAAUGAUGCGUCGCAAAAAAAAACCAAAGCAGAGCCCCCACAGGAUGGUCCUGUGCAACACAAUGAAGAAGAAGAAGAAAACAACGAAGACAGCGAUUCACAGUUGGAGGAAGAGUUGAUGGAUAUGCUGGAUGGCUAG